GUUCACUUGCUGGCCCUAUUCCUGACAUCAUAUGGAAUAACAGUCUGUAUUUUGGACUUGAGUUUCAAUAAUUUGUUUGGUCAAAUUCCAAAUUAUUCCACCCUGGUCCCACCAAUUUACAUAUUUCUGCGAGGAAAUAAACUCAAUGGCACAAUUCCAACAUGGAUAAAGAAUUCGACUAUGAAUAUCGAUGUAUCUGAAAAUCUUUUCACAAACAAUGUCUCAGAUAUUCAAAAUUUGCAUUCAAACUCAUCUAACCUGAAUUUUUUCUCAUCCCUUAAUUCCAGUGACGGGGGUACACAUUGGGAACAUGUUGGCUAUACCUGCAGUAGCGACCUAAAAUACCAAUUAAAAGACCAACUAUAUAUAAAUUGUGGUGGUGAAUCAAUGAAAAUAACUGGAAGUGUUUAUGAAGGCGAUCUGAAUUCAAAUGGAAGUUCAACUUUCUUUCUGAGUAGCAGUUUAAGAUGGGGUUAUAGUAGUAUGGGAUAUGUAUCCUACUCAUCAAUAAAUGAUGAAUACAACACAAAUGAGGAAUACAUAAUGGACAAUACAUGCAUUGUUGGUGUUGGUGAUGAACCUCUUUACAGUACAGCACGUGUAUCCCCAAUCUCCUUGAAGUAUUAUGGAUUUUGUUUAAGGGAUGGUGAAUAUACUGUGAGACUUCACUUUGCUGAAUUACUUAGAUACAACAACUAUAAAACCCCAUAUCUCAACAAAUCAGGUCGAGUUUUUGACUUGGAUAUCCAGGGAAAGAAUGUGAACUUAAGGAUUUCAACAUAG